AUGAAGUACUGGCGAGCUUCGGCCGCGGCGCGGCGCCGCCGGCGGAUGCCGGCGAGUCCGGCGAGCGGUAGGCGGUACAGCGCGAGGCCCAUUGCCAUGGCCAAGAUAAGGAUGAGGCACUGCACAGCCAACUCCCCGAAAGAGCCCCCCGCGGAAAGCAUCACCACCUCUCUCUCUCAAACUCGGGAAGAAGGUUCGUUCUGUGAGAACCCUACCCUCGGGGAACCGUUUGAUGAAGAAAGGUCAGACGACGACUCACCAGACCAGCUGGGAAGAUCGUACAACGUCAGGUCCGCCUCUUCGAACUCCCCCACUAAAAUAUCUCCAAAUCCGGAUCUCUCAGCAUGAACGAGAGCGCCAUCGACAGAACCAGAAAACCAUGCCGCCCUGUAAAUGAGAAGCCAGAUAGACAGAUAGAUGGAUCGAAAGGAAGGCGAAGGGAAGCAGCUGCCCAUCCAGCUACUCCCGGGGAGCCCAAGAUGCUUGAAAACGACGGGGGUCGCUGGAAGGGGAAAGCGACGAACAAGCCGCCGAAGUUGACGCAGAAGAGACCAUUACCUAGUGGGAGGUAA